AUGCCUUCACUCUCACCACAUCUUCUUCAAGCCCGUUCUGCCUCUCCCGUCUCCUCCUUAAAAGCACGCUUAGAUCCCACAAUUCUCGAAGUCCCCUCUGCCGAUAUCAAAGCCACAAAGGAACAAAGCGACGCUUUUGAAAAAUGGUUCGAUGAUUUGCCCAAAGAUAGCAAGAAGAAGUUGAGAAAAUUUCAGAAAGAACAUGGGUUAACGCGGGAUCAAUUGAUCUUGGCUGCGUUAAAGAAGUGGGCGCCGGACUAUGUGGGGCCAUUUAAGAUGGCGAUGUUUUUUGGUAUUGUGUAG